AUAUCCAAUAUUUCGAGGGAGAAAAGGAAAAAGAAAGAUUUCAAUUAAUAUUCAGAAGCAAAAGAUUUUUAAGUUAUGGAAGUUUCUGUGGAACUUGAAGAUGAUUUGUUCUUUGCAGACUUAAGCAAGCAAAUCUCUCUUCUAAUCAUGGAUGAUGAUGAUGAAGAAGAUCCAAGCACAAGAUAUCCUUCAGUUUCUUGGCAGGGCUUUUCUAGAGGAGAUUAUCCAAUUACAGCACCACCUCAAUUAGUUGCUUAUGGGCAAAGUUGCAAAAGAGAUCAGAGCAAAGGCACAGGAGUGUUUAUUCCUCAGUCCUCAGCAGGAAGAAGUAAGCAAAGGCAUGGAAGAUUCAAUUCAUUCAACACAAAGUCAUCUUACAGGCACCAAGAUUACAAUAAUGCAAAGAUGGUUUCUCAAUCCCAUCAUGCUCCAGGAAAAGCCUAAGUUCUAAAUUACUUUAAUAAAGUACUAAUCCCUUCCUCAAGAAAGGUCCCAAGGAAGGCUUAUAAGAUUGAAUGAUUCAUAAUAUAUAUGCCAACAUGUACAUUCAGAAUAAGUGAGCUCUUGAAGAGGCUCUUCCAAAUCAUGGAAAUUCAAGGUUUCUUGCUGGGUAUGAUAGAUUUAGGGGAGAAUUUGUGAUGUUAAUUAAUUUGAUGUAAUUGAUUAAUAUAUUAAUUUAUUAUUAUUGCAAAAGGUUUUUUUUCCUCUUUUCUUCAUUUAGCUGCCAUGUAAAAAGCAAUUUAUUCUGGUGCAUGGAAAAAUAUGCAUGCUAAGGUUCACAUAUAUAUUAUAAAUUGAGAUUUUGAAU